GUCAGUAAGAUGAAGCGAGCCCUGGUGCUGGGGGCGUCGGCCCUGCUCAUCCUGGCGCUGAACCAGAACGCCAUCCGGGAGCUGGACGUUUCCCAGCUUCUCGCCAAGCCUGUGAUCGUGAUCCAGUCCUCGGACAACGUCACCAAGCUGCUGGGAGCACUGCUGCGGGGGCUCCGGGCUACGGCGAAGAUCACCUAUCAGGCGGUGCUGCUGGAGAACCUGGGAGUGACCCUCACCCUGUGGUCGACCUGCGGCCUCUCCCGAGGGGGCCUCUACGGGGAGUGGCAGGGGGUCAUCUGCACGGGGGAGAACAGCUCGCAGGUCCAGAAGUAUCUCCAGCAGCUGUGGAACACCAUCCUGCUGAUCGCCCUGCUCCUCUGCACCGGGGUGAUCGUGCAGGCCCAGCGGCAGUCGCGGCAAGACCCGUCGGAGCAGGAUGCCGAGCUGGACCUGAAGCAGCACAUUCGGCGGCGGCUGUCGGCACUGAAAACCCGGCGGUACCAUCCCGGCAAACCACUCCAUAGCCGGGCCUGCGAGAUCGAUAGCUGCGCCGUCUGCUUGGACCAGUUCCACAGGAGCCAGUGGCUGCGGGUGCUGCCCUGCUCCCACGAGUUUCACCGGGACUGCGUGGACCCCUGGCUCCUCCUGCAGCAGACCUGUCCUCUCUGCAAGCGCAACAUCCUGGGGAACUGCUGCACGGAGAGCUAGCUGGCCCGAUGGACAUGCUCCAGGGACAGACCCAUCACCGCUCCGGGGAGAGGGAGGGGGGCAGGGGGUGCUCU